AUGCUUCUUCGCAACGGAGUCUCGCGCCUCGCGCUCAGAUCCCUAGCGGCAGCACCGCGCACGGCUGGUGCUCGCAAGACGACAACAACAACGGCGGCGCCAUGUCUGCAAUGGUCAACACAGUUUGGGUCGCUUGCGGCAGCAGCGGGACGAAGACCGCAGUUAGCAGCGCAGACGACACCGUCAGCGCUUCUACGCCGGAGUCUAGCAGACAAGAAGCUGAGCGAGGGGCAGAAGCAAGCCGAGAGCCGGUAUGCGCACGAAAAGAUCAAACCGACGCCUGAGACGGUGUCGAGCUCGAGUUCGACGCAUCCCAUGUUUUCCGAAGUUGGGGCUGAGGCGCCGGCCAAAGAGGUGGAUAUGACGGCGGAGAUUAAACAUGAUGUUGGAACAAUCAAACAAACCUUCUCCCUCGCAAACGUCCCCCGCGAAGCCUACUACAUGGGCCUCGCCGGCACACUGCCAUACCUCGCAACCUCGCUCUCAACCGUCUACCUCUCCUGGGAGCUCAACCACUCGACCGCCGGCUACGGCAUGCUCUUCUCAGAGGCAAACGCCACGUACCUGCUCCACAUGAUCGAGCCGCUGCAGAUCGGGUACGGGGCUUCGAUCCUCAGUUUCCUGGGCGCUAUCCACUGGGGGCUCGAGUGGGCGGGAUAUGGUGGCGCGCAGGGGUAUAAGCGGUAUGCGAUUGGUGUUGUGGCGCCCAUGGUGGCGUGGUCGACGCUUUUGAUGCCGGUGGAGGGUGCGUUGAUUGGUCAAUUCAUGGGUUUUUUGGGAUUGUAUUAUGUUGAUACUCGUGCUGCAUACCGUGGCUGGACUCCCGAUUGGUACGCCGUGUACCGCUUCGUGCUCACGUCUAUCGUAGGCGCUAGUAUCGUGCUUACCCUUAUCGGCCGCAGCGAGCUGCCCGAACAUAUCCCUGGCUCGAUUGAUCGCGCAAAGGUGUUCAAGGGCGAGGGCUCGUCCGAGGAGAAGCUCGCACAGCAUGAGAAGGCAGCGGCGGAGAAGAAGAAGACUGCUGCCCGCAGUGAUGACAGGGGUGAGAAAUAA